AAACAAUCAUCCUUUCAUACCAAUGCUAUCAUCAACCACUCAAUCAACAACUUCCUCUACUUUAACGUCAUCACAAUGCCUUCAGUAAUUGUCUUCGGUGCCUCUGGCUUCGUGGGUGCUCCUUACACAAAAGCCCUCAAGCAAGCCCAUCCAGACUGGUCUAUCACAGCCUAUGUUCGCAGUCCCCAAUCCGAGUCUCAACUCAACGCAAACCAUGUCAUGGUCGGCGACUUCUCCGACUUUGAAAAAGUCAAGGCCGCCAGCGCAGAACACGACAUCGCCGUCAACGCCGGAAACUCCUUCACUGCUGAUCCGGUCGCUGCUAUAAUUGCUGGUCAAGAGUCUCGCGGUACCAGGGGUAAAGUGAUUCACAUCAGCGGUGGAGGAAACUUUAUCGACUUUGGAACUUCAGGAAACUUUAACCCUGAGAGUAAGGUUUGGAAUGAUGCGAAUGAGGAUGAUAUCAAGGCUAUUCAUAAGGAGAUGUUUAAUGGGCAGUCUGAUACACUUGUUCUUGAGGCUGGGAAGGGUGAUGAUGGUAUUGAUACCUAUAUCGUUUGUCCAUCUGUUGUCUACGGUGGUGCGAGUAUUUCUUCGCCUAUUUUGGGCAUUGGAUAUAAGCUUCUCACUGGAAAUGCCAAGCCUCUGGGUUACGUCCCCUACGUCGGCGAGGGAACAGCAGUCAUAAGCACAUGUCACAUUCUAGACCUAGUCGACUUCCUCGUCAAGAUCUCCGAAGUUGCAGCCCAAGGCCCCGCCGAGGGUUCUCCAUACAGUCGUUUCUAUAUGCUAGAAACUAGUCACGUCGCAUGGAAGGAUCUAGCUACUGAGCUUGCGAAGAUGAUGCAUGCGCGAGGUGUCUUCUCGAGCCCUGAGCCCAAGAGUGUUGAGUUCGAACAGGCUGGUGAGGGAGAAGUCAAGUAUCUUGUCGGUUCGAACAUGCUCAUGAAGGGCGAUCGCGCUACUGCGAUGGGAUUCAAGGCGAAGCAUCCUAGCAUUCUGACACAGAUUCAUAAGGACUUGAAGGAAUUGCCUAUCUAAGCCGCUCGCUCCAGAUCGGCGACUCGCCGCUACGGUUGUCGCGUCGCGAUGGUUUUCCUUGUCUUGAAUAGAUCGUUUUGCAUCACUGGACUGACAUUCGGUGCAAAGAUGGCGUGUAAUUCUUCAUGAUAUUGUCAUUAUGUCGUGAUAUGUAAACCUAAACCAGAACGCCAUUCUAGCCUGUAUUCCGAUGUCUAUACCGUGCCCGCAGUAUUCUAAUCGCAAUUUUAAGAUUCCAAGUCUAAGCCUCUAACCAAAGUUCGUGAAUAACAGUUUUCAUAGUCUGUCAAGUAUGUUAGUUGAUCUGACUCAUGAACUGGGCAGAAAAGGUGACUCAUACCUGCUCACUUUGUGCCGUAUUGUAUUGACUGAAUUUUCUAUCGAAUGUCCGUGAUUGUGUCUUCAAUUGUGUGCGCACGCAUCCACCUACUACAGUGGCGCUGCCGACUGUCAAGAGAAGAGGGACGAUCCUGACGCUGUUAGCUUAGAAAGACUUGGCGGGUUUUGUUGGGGCUUACUUUUGACCGGUGGGCAUGACUCUGAGAACUGGUUGCAUUUUGGUAUUGCGAAGAGAUAAUUAUCGUGGCAGAGAUGGUCGAAAUUACAGGUGAAUUUUAGUGCAAUGCAGUUCAAUCAGCAGUAAUUAAUGAGCUUGAGAGUGAUGAUACCAAAAUCUAGAAUGAUGUCUUGUUCAUUAUAUACCAUAUCGUCUCACCAAAAAUGCCCGUAUCUUGCAUUAUCGAUAACCGUCAAUCGCGUGGUGAGAGCGGCGUUUCGAGGCCGUCUGGUGGUCCGAUGAUUCCUCGUCUGGAACCCCUGGUCGGGUGCUUCCGGGGAGUCAAUCAAGCGGUGCAAUCGGGCCAUGAGGAGAUCUGAGUUGGAAUACAGUGGGCGAACAUGAGAUGCGCGGGUAAUAAUGAAACAAGG